AUGGAGCUCUGCGCCGGCGGGGAGCUCUUCGACCGGAUCAUCGCCAAGGGCAAGUACACGGAGCGCGCCGCCGCGUCGCUGCUCCGCACCAUCGUGGAGAUCGUGCACACCUGCCACUCCCUCGGCGUCAUCCACCGGGACCUCAAGCCCGAGAACUUCCUCCUCCUCAGCAAGGACGAGCACGCGCCGCUCAAGGCCACCGAUUUCGGGCUCUCCGUCUUCUUCAAGCAAGGGGAGGUGUUCAAGGACAUCGUCGGCAGCGCAUACUACAUCGCGCCGGAGGUGCUCAAGAGGAACUAUGGCCCCGAGGCCGACAUCUGGAGCAUCGGCGUCAUCCUCUACAUCCUCCUCUGCGGAGUGCCGCCAUUCUGGGCCGAGUCCGAGCACGGCAUCUUCAACGCCAUCCUGAGGGGGCAGGUCGACUUCUCCAGCGACCCGUGGCCACGCAUUUCGCCGGGCGCCAAGGACCUCGUCAAGAAGAUGCUCACCACUGACCCCAGGAAGAGGAUCUCCGCCUACGACGUCCUCAAUCAUCCUUGGAUCAAGGAAGACGGUGAAGCGCCUGACACGCCACUGGACAACGCUGUCAUGAACAGGCUCAAGCAGUUCAGGGCAAUGAACCAGUUCAAGAAAGCCGCGCUGAGGGUCAUUGCUGGAUGCCUGUCCGAGGAAGAGAUCAGAGGGCUGAAGGAGAUGUUCAAGAGCAUGGACGCUGACAACAGCGGCACCAUUACCGUGGACGAGCUGCGGCGAGGGCUGGCCAAGCAGGGCACCAAGCUCAGCGAGGCCGAAGUGGAGCAGCUAAUGGAGGCCGCCGACGCGGAUGGGAAUGGGACGAUCGACUACGAGGAGUUCAUCACCGCGACGAUGCACAUGAACCGGAUGGACAGGGAGGAGCACCUCUACACCGCGUUCCAGUACUUCGACAAGGACGGCAGCGGGUGCAUUUCGAAGGAGGAGCUGGAGCAGGCGCUCAAGGAGAAGGGCCUCCUGGACGGCAGGGACAUCAAGGAGAUCAUCUCAGAGGUCGACGCCGACAACGACGGGAGGAUCGACUACAGCGAGUUCGUGGCGAUGAUGAGGAAAGGGAACCCCGAGCAGAACCACAAGAAGAGGCGCGACGUCGUGCUAUAGGAGAUCGAGAGGACGGAGCUAGUAGCUCUAGCUGCUGAAUCGGCGGCAUUAUAAUCUGCCGGCUCGCUCGUCUCUCCACUGAUCGAUCGGUUUCGUCCUCGACCGGAGUUGAUGCCGCUGCGGGUUGCUCGCACACUUCAGCGGAGGCGAGGCAAUGCACCGGCAGCGAGAUGCACACGCACCCGUCUUGCGAAGACAUGGGUGCGAUGUGUGCCUUGUAGUAUUGUCUCUCUAGCCCAUGUAACAGCAGAAGCAGCAGCUCGCGUUAGAACUGUUCGUGUAACGUUACUGACGGUUCGAAUUCGUCAGCGGCCUCUCGACCCGCGACGGUGGUGAACUGUGCUGUGUAAGGAAAGCAGAAUAGGCAUACGCGAAACCCGAAAU